ACACUCCCACCCACACACAGCUGGUUGAGCAUUAAACCGGACAUAGUGUCAGAUAUCUAACCAUGCAGCUAGCAUACUUGUAGUGAUACAUGUGUGUCUCUCCCCUGCCCUAACCACACCCCCUCACACAAGUGCAGGUGUUGGCAAGUCCACCCUCCUCCGCUCUAUGGCGUGUCGUGAGCUGCGUCUACCAGCUGGUGUGAGUGUACUACACGUGGAGCAAGAGGUCACCGGGGACAACACACUAGCACUGGAUAGUGUACUCAAGUGUGACACUGAGAGAGUGCAGCUGCUCGCUAGAGAGGGGGAGCUACUGGCCUCAGAAGACAAGGACACAGCAGCAGGCAGCGCUUCUGAUGAGCUGGCUGAGGUAUACCUUCCACUACAGGAGAUAGACGCUGACAAAGGAACAGCAAGCUGGCUGUAUUCUGGCUGGUCUGGGGUUCACUCCACAGAAGAAUGAGAUUUUAUCUGGCUAAGACACUAUUUGCAAGAUGUGGGAACACGGAACCAUCGUCGGUUGUGUGCAGUGUAUUAUAGUCGUACCCCCGGGUUUGAAGUGAUCCAUGGACUACUGGACCGUGUCAUGCAGCUGCUGGAGGUGUCCUUCACCAAAGAUGGCAGUGGAUACUUCCUCAAGGCAGCUGAAGACUCUACCUAUUUCCCGGGCCGUUGUACAGAGGUGUGUGUACAUGGGAAGGUGAUCGGGAAACUGGGCGUGCUCCAUCCAAAUAUGAGUGGUAUUUUUCGUCCAAUUCUGUUUUUGAAGUGGGCAUUCGUGAAUAUACUUGAGUGUAAGUUACAUAAUUCGAAUACGGUAUAAAUUUCAUUUGUCUGUAGAUAUAAUUAUGGUCUAUCUGUAAGGGAUUGUUCAGGUUGUUCUCUUUUGGUGGGUGUUAUGUUCAGUUUGCGUGUGUGUAGAUUGGUCUAGGUGAUCUUGUGAACUCAUUGUAUUGGCGUAGUAGUUGGUGAUAUUGUGCAGUAUUAUCAAUGUUAGGGGUUGGUGUGAAGGAGAGUCCUUUAGUGAGUAGUGUUAUAGUUGUUCAGUGUUCAGAGAUCCUGAGCUGAGGUUAUGGACGGUUACGUUGGGAAUAUUGUGCGUAGUAGAAAAUCUAUCUUUGUUUGUUUUGUUGAAUGUGGUUGUGGUUCCUGGGAUUUUCUUUUUUUGCCUAGUGUUGAUUGUUUCGUCUCUGUAUCACUGGAUAUCUCCUGGUGCGUUGUUGAGCUUGUAUAUAUUGCUCAUCCCUUCAACACUGGAUUAUUGUCAUUAGCAAACAAUUUUGAUACGUAAAUAUCCCGACCACAAGAGAAGGCUGGUGGUGUGAGUGGGUGGGGCAUUGGAGUCCACUCAACCAUGCAUCUCAUGGACCCAAUUAAGAGUGUUCUAACAUAAUUAUACACAUAGAGAUUAUCAUCCGUAUGUAUGUAUGCAUGUAUGUAUAUGCUGAUUUUGUAUUAUGAUAAAUUUGAAUACAUUUUGUGAUCUUGUGUGUGUGCAUUGGGUGCAUGAUGGGAGAUCAAUUUCAACAUGGUAUGGAGUGUUGUUAACAUGGAGGGUGACAUUGUAUGAGUGUGUGUUGUCUGUAUCUCAAUCUCAGGCAACUGGUCAGAUGGCUAGCAAUAGAGUGGGUGUAGAAUGUUGCUAGGCAAUAUAGCCACAAGUAUGUGUGUACCAUUAUGGUCUAACCAUAAUCAAUACUUUGAUCCUAUGAAUAUUGUUGUGCAUGCAUCACCUGACCUGUCACUGUGAGAGCUGUGAGUCUAUAGCUGCUUUUGCCAAGCUUUGAGCUUUUCUUUCUACUACUAAACACUUUUCUAAAGUUUUGUGUCAAUGGCUGAGAGGCCGAGUGCUGCUCAAGAAGCUCUCUCCAAAGUGGAGGACCAGCUGUCAUGCCUAGUCUGUCUGGAGCCCUACACCAACCCUCGACUGCUCUCCUGUUUCCACGUCUACUGUCAACAUUGUCUCGAGGAUAUAGUUGCCCACAAUCGACAAGGCCAGAUGGAAUGCCCCAAGUGUCGCCGGCCCACCCCCCUACCCCCCACUGGUGUGAGUGGCCUCCAGGCUGCCUUCAAUGUACACCAUCUCUUUGACAUCCAAGAAACACUCAAGAAGGUGAAAGAGCCUCAGAAAUUGGCCUGUGAAAAAUGUGUGAAAACGACUCGUAAAGCCACCAGCUUUUGCCGACAAUGCACCAAGUUCAUCUGCGAGAAGUGUACCGAUAUGCACAAAGAAUGGGAGGAGUUCGAAGGUCAUGAAGUUGUUACUAUCGAAAAAGUUGAGGGAGAUUUGAUUCGCUUGGUCUCCCCAAAGAAGACGUCCCCUCGCUGCCCCAAACACGACGAGAAAAUGAAACUUUAUUGCGAACCUUGUGGAGAGUUGAUUUGCCGAGAUUGCCUCGUUCAUAUACACAAAGACCACAAGUACUGUGUGAUUGCUGACACCUUUGAGAGCCACAAGAAAGAGAUCCUGGACUCCCUGGGACCCGUUGAGAAACAGCUAGAGGCCACCGACACAGCUCUCGUCAAUCUGGAUGGACAACAUGCUGAAAUUGUUGAACACGGAGGAAAACUUGCAACCAAUAUCCACUCGAAAUUCGAUGAGCUCCAUCAAGCUCUGUAUGCUCGUGAGGGGGAGCUUAUGGCCGAGUUGGAAGGCCACACCCAACAACAGCUCAAGAGCCUCUCUGCUCAGCGAGAGGAGGUGGAGAUCCUCCAAACCCAACGUAGCAGCUGCCUGCAUUUCGUGAGGGAGAGCAUUCGUACCGGGUCUCCAGGAGACGUGCUCAAGAUGAAGCAAGGUGUGGUGAAGCAAGUGAGAGAGCUGGUGGACACCUUUGACCCCAACACCCUAGAGCCUCGUGAGACAACCAACACCUGUUUUGCAUAUUCUACUCAAAUUGUCGAAGCUUGUCAGGAUUCAGUUCACAUCUGUACUAGUAAAGAAGUGGCUAACUAUUGUGCGUUGAAAGUGGUACCCUCAAGACGAAUGAAGACAACCCAACCUCUUCCUGUUGCCAUUCUGAAUGCAGUAGAUGCCAAACACCGAAUUUUUGGCCUGGAUUUGUUGAACAUUGAAACCAAACUUGUCUCUAAGCGGUCGAACGAAAGCACAAAAUGUGUUGUGAAGGAACGAGGGAAGGGAGAGUACGAGAUCUCCUACCAGCCGACAGUGGGCGGUGCCAGCGAGCUGAUCGUGAGAGUGGGUGGAGAGGAGGUGGCAGGAAGUCCAUUCCCUGUGGUAAUCAAGACUCCGAUCGAUAAACUAGGAACUGUUAUCAAGACUAUCAAUGAUCUCAAGACACCUCGAAGUGUGGCACUCAACCAAGCUGGGGAGAUAAUUGUGGCUGAAAAAGAUGCUGGUAUUGUCUCGAUAUUUAGCCCCACAGGAGACAAGCUGCGAACAUUAGACACUCGAGGCACAGCUGUUGGAGAGAUGAAGAAUCCUCGUGGUGUGGCAGUGGACGGUGAUGACAAUAUUCUGGUGGUGGACGCUGGUAAUCAUCGACUGUUGAAGUUCUCACGUGAAGGAGACCUGAAAGCAGCAGUAGGUAGUCAUGGCGAUGGUCCUGGACAGUUUAACAAUCCGAUUGGUGUUUGUGUCAACAGUGUCAAUGGAAAGGUGUAUGUGGUUGAUUUUGGUGCUAGCUGUGUUCACAUCUUCAACUCUGACCUCACAUUCUGCAGCAAGUUCGGCAGUAAAGGCAGUGGUAAUGGACAGUUUAACUUUCUCUAUGGCGUUGCAUCCGAUCGUAGUGGUUGUGUGUAUGUAGCUGAUUAUGUUAAUGCUCGAGUGCAAGUCUUCACACCCGAUGGUGGCUAUCUGAGGCAGUUUGGGAAGAGAGGCAGUGGAAAUGGAGAACUUAACCACCCUGUCAGCAUCUGUGUGGACAGUGAUGAUCUGGUGUAUGUGGGGGAGAAUGGGAACAAUCGUGUCUCAGUGUUCACGUGUGAGGGAGUGUUUCUCAAGUUGUUUGUAUCAGAGGGAUCUGGACCAGGACAGUUCAACAGUCCUCUUGGCAUAGCAGUAGACCAGUGUGGUGUGGUGUAUAUGUCUGAUUAUAGCAACCAUAGAGUGCAAAUAUUUUCCUAGUUUAUUUUUGUUAUUACAUUUGCUGAGUUAUUGUAACAUUGCUACUGAAUAUUGAAUUCUUUGCCCUUGC